CAGCGCAUCGCCGCGGGCGAGUGGCUGGGCGAGUACCUGGGCGAGGUGCUGCCGGCGGCGGCGCGGGAGGCGCAGACGAGCGCGUACGCGUUCACGCUGCGCGGCUACGCCGCGGACAGGGUGCCGGAGCUGGUGGUCGACGCCCAGACGCACGGCAACUGGACGCGUUUCGUCAACUCGUCGUGCCGGCCCAACGUGGCGGCGACGCCGGAGCAGAUCGGCAAGGUGAGGAUCGUCGCGUUCCGCGCGGAGACGGACAUCGCUGCUGGCGAGCAGGUGCUGAUCAACUACGGUAGGGACUACUUUGCCGAGCGGGGGAUCAUGUGCUGCUGUGAGGUCAGUGCUCAGCCGCAUUUGCCUCCUCAAUAG